AGUUCAAGCAGCAGCAAACAGCUGUUUUGGUACGUAGAAUGCAGCUCAACGCAAAUUCCCUACAAUUCAGGGCUCCCGCAAGGGCUUUUGCGAGACCUCGUGCGCCAUGGGCCAUCCAUGGGCCUGUCAGCCGGUGUUCGACCGUUGCGCAUGCUGCUAUGAAAGCGCUUAUAUUUGAUUGCGAUGGUGUGAUUCUGGAAUCGGAGGAUCUGCACCGGCGCGCAUAUAAUGCAACAUUUCGGCAUUUUGAGGUGAAAUGCGGCGAUAAUAAGCGCGUCGUGGACUGGGACGAAACCUUCUAUGACAUGUUGCAAAACACGGUGGGCGGCGGCAAGCCCAAGAUGCGCUGGUACUUUGCGCGCAACGGCUGGCCCACCAGCAACGUGCUCAGCGGCCGGGUCCCGGCUUCCCAGGAGGAGCAGGACCACCUCAUUGACACGCUGCAGGACUGGAAGACGGACAAGUACCAGCAGAUGAUUGGGAGCGGCGAGGUGGAGGCACGACCCGGCGUGUUGCGCCUCAUGGACGAGGCCCGCGCCGCCGGCCUCAAGCUGGGCGUGUGUUCCGCCGCCACCAAGUCCAGCGUGGUGGCCACGUUGAAGGCGCUGCUGGGGGAGGGGCGCUUCGGGGGGCUGGACUGCUUCCUGGCGGGUGACGAUGUGGCUCAGAAGAAGCCCGACCCGCAGAUCUACCGAGUGGCGGCUGAGCGGCUGGGGGUCAGCCCGGGGGAGUGCGUGGUGGUGGAGGACAGCAUGAUCGGGCUGCAGGCCGCCCUGGGUGCGGGCAUGCGCUGCAUCAUCACCUACACGCCCUCCACCAAGUCACAGGCCUUCCCCGGCGCCGAGCGUAUCGUGUGUGAGCUGGGCGGCUACCCCGCCAUGAUCACGGUGAAGGAGCUGCAGGAGCGGCGGAUCGUGCAGGAUGACCGCGUGAACUUUGAUGUCACAGACACAGGCAUCUUCUUCUCGUAGUAGCAUCUGAAUUAAUGCGCUCGUAUCACGUAUGACCUUGCCAUGAGUGUUACUACGAGGGAUUUGGGGAUGCGUGUUGGAAAGCAUGCGGAAUGUUUCUGUUCCCCACUUGCUAGGCUGUGCUAUAUGGUUUCUGCCACCCAGUGAGCGCAGUUAGAGCGAAGUAAGAUGCCUUUUUGCGUCGAAAGGGGCUACUGUUUUGUAGUAACUGAGAUGAGUAUGAGAGGUGUGCUCAGGAGAGGGCGAUUUGUUUGCUUAUUAUAAUUUUGUUGUUCCCUGAAAAGGGCAGAGCAGAGCGGUGUGGAGCAUAGUGUUCUACAGCAACAUGUCUUCCCGCUUGGGACUGAAGGCGCUGUCAAUGUAACUUCGCUAAGUGGUAUUUGGUUCCCUUGCUUGUAUCUUGUACGACAGGAGCAUGGCUCGAUGCAUGCAGAGCGGUGGCAGGUGUCUGACGAGCACUGAGGGGUGGUGGUGGCGGCUGUCGAUAGCGCUCAACCCAUCUGACGUCGGCCUCAUGUUGCAUGUGACAACGCGAGGAAUGUAUGUGUUCUGGUGAUUGCUUGUGAGUUAUGACUGAGCACAUGCAACAGAAGUGGGCUAGGCUAUUGGGCAUGGCCCAUGGUAUACCGGUAUGAAAACUAACUACCUGGGUGAUUAACCUCUACGCAUUUUGAUGCUAAUUGCUGCAGGUCCAUCUUGAUCGGAG